GGGCCUGCUCCGCGAUCGGCCGGCCGUCCUGCGUACGGCGCGCGGCGCGCUGGGAGCGUCUGGGAGCCGCCGGCAUGUCGACGGCUAUGAACUUCGGCUCCAAGAGCUUCCAGCCGCGUCCCCCGGACAAGGGCAGCUUCCCGCUCGACCACUUCGGUGAAUGUAAAAGCUUUAAAGAGAAAUUCAUGAAGUGUCUCCGGGACAAUAAUUUUGAAAAUGCUUUGUGCAGAAAUGAAUCAAAAGAAUACCUGGAGUGCAGGAUGGAGAGGCAACUGAUGGCACAGGAACCCCUGGAAAAGCUCGGAUUUGGAGAUUUGAUUGAUGGGAAGUCAGACAAAAACUGAGCUGUGCUGGGAGGAAGCCUGCCUCCCCAGCGGCGUGCUCGUAGGCGCCAUGACUCAGGAGGGGACUGUGGGGGUGCCUGCGAGAUGCCGCUCGGAACCGUGCCAGACGCCUCUCCCUGGUGGAUGUGCCUUGACGCUGGGAACGGCGCGUCUUCUGAAGCUCCCGGAAGGAUUUUGGAAAAGCGGUCUCCCGUUUGGAUUGCUGUUUCCCUCGGGCUUGUGACGGUUUAUCCUAAGUUCGCGUGGGUGACGGCCCCCAGGGAGGUGAGGUGCCGGGUGGCGUCUGCCCACCGAGAGGGCACCGUGGGUGCCAGUGAGAUGCUGGGUUCACGUCACAGGCUGUGUGUGUCCUUUCUGUGCUGGUGGUAGUCAGCUCAGAACGUCACGUAGAAGUGACGCAGGCGUUAGGAGAACGCUCCUAGCGAGUGGGUUGCUCUUUGUACUCAGCAUAUUCUCUGUUCAUUUCUUUUCCUUUUUUUUUAAAAAAAAAACAAAAACAGUGGGUAAGCCUGGAAGGGGAAACUGGCUUCUGACAUGUCUGACUUGAUCCUUCCCUGGUGAUGCCUGAGCGCCACACGUCUUCUGAUCCGUAGCAGGUGCCACCGUCCAGUCAGAUGCUUCGUUUCAAGGAGUCGUCUGCUGUGACCGAGGAGCGGGCUCUCUGCCCUUGUCAGGCGGGCACGCAGCGGCCUCUGGCGCUUGUCCUCUGAGGAGUGGCCGAGCCUGCAGCCAGCCGCGCUUCUUGGCCGUGAGGGGUCAGGGCAGCGUGGGCCCACUGAGCGCUGCCCGAGUGCUGUCAGACCCCAGGGUGCAGACCCCAGGGCUGUGUUUCUGGGGCGCCUUGUAGGUUCAGAGCCUCAGCAAAGACCCUGGACCUGCCCUGUGACUGCCUCCCUGGCCCCAGUCAGCUGAGUUUUGUCCCAGUUUGGCCGGAGGUGGGGGGGGGGGUGGUGCCAGGAAUACCCAGGUGAGGGCCCUGACCCCCUCCUGCUUGGCGGCCCAGGCCAGCUGUGGGGAGCCCCCGCGCCUCCCCAGCCACGUCCAGUUGUCUGCGUGGCCUCCCUCCCCUCGGUCCUGCGGGCGGCCGUGCUCACUCAGGCCCUCCCCUCGCUCCCUCCAAGGCCGGCUGUCUGCUGGGGGCUCCGGCACCACUGGCCCCUUGGGGGUCCAGCCCCGGGCGCUCAGUGUGUGCUUUGUCAAUGGGCAGCAUCGUCUCUGCCUACGCUUCUAGCUAGUUUAUGAAAAGCCUUGCUUUUUAUCACCAGGCCGAGCCAUGGCAAUACCCAGUGUGAUGCACAGGGUUAUUGCAGCGUUGUUUGUAAUUGUAAAGCAUUGGGGCGACCCGGCCACCCAUGCUUGUCCCCAAGGCAGGGCCCUGGGCGGCUGCCGGAAGGGCUGGGGGAGACCACGGUGUGCCCUGCGUGGCCCUGCAGGUGGUGUGAGAGAGAACUUGGGGCCCAGAAGGCAGCGUGGCGGGAGAGGGCUGUGGGUAGGGAAGCAGAUGCACAGCAGUGUGUGCACGCGCUUGUCCCUGUUCAGACGGACCUCCCUUCUCUCUGGGGCCUGGGGGCCUGGGGUCAGUGACCCCUGGCAGCGAGGGGCUUGCCUGGUGGCUGACUCUUUGAUUUGAGCCUCUCUCCAGCAGGAAGACCCAGGGCCAGAAAGUCCAUUUGACCCUGGACCUUCUUGUGUCAGACAGUAAGGAGUUGCAGAAGCCUUGAUGGGCUUGUCAGGAGCACGCGACAGGGCUCCCCGUGGCCUGGUUGGCAGCAGCAGGAAUGACCGUUAGGGUUUGGCCGCAGCAUCAGUUCCUGCCCAGGAGUCCCACUGAGGGAGUCACAAGUGGAUGAACUUUCCCGUGCAGGAAGAGACAGCCCUCCUCUCAACCCCGGCCCCUGUGGAAGGAUGGGCAUCCGGGCGUUGGUGUGUCCGGAGGUGGGUGGGCGGGUUUGCCUGUUCUGGAGGACGCCCCGGGAAGCACUCAGCCAACAGCUAAAACCUCUGGGAUGUUGCCCAUGGCAAGGUCCACAUGGCACCUGCUCUGAUCUGCCCCACGGAGGCGGCGUCAACUGCUGUUUUCUCUGAGCGCGUCACCUCUGUCUCCGAGGACACACUGACGUGCCCGGCCCGAAGGCCAAGCCUGGCGUGAGGACCCAUGGUGCCGUCCCCGAGGACAGGCAAGGGGCUGCUGGUUGGUCACAGCGUGUCACGUCCGUGCACAUGGGGUGUCGUCAGAAGUGGGCAAACUCUGGCCUGCUUCUGCAACUUUUGGAAGUUUGGAGUUAUUUCAAAAUAAAGAAUUUAAAAAAUG